AUGCAUCCAGCAGCUGCCUCGAUGCUUUGGGUAAUGGGGCCGGCUCUGCAAGUUGUGUUGCUGGCAGAUGCUGCGGCCCCUGUUGAUCCGCGAUGUUGGGCAGAUGAGUUCACUGGCCAGAGGGAAGCCUGUUGCAAAGAUGCAGCCGUUGGGGCCAAUUUGGGAUGCUGGGGGGGCCGCUUCUUGUACGGCAACUGCUGUUUGGGAGUUGGCUUUUGGGAUUUUGCCAGGAACUGUUUCUUCAGCAAAUCCCAAUUUGGUGAGGAGGAUCUGGUCGUUGAGUUUUUUGGGUGGCAGGAAAAGACAGCUGGAGUCUAUGUUGAGAUCGGAGCCUUUGAUGGCAUCACAUAUUCCAACACGCUUUCGUUGCACAGCUGCCUUGGUUGGUCUGGUAUGUUGAUUGAAGGCAGCCCCCGCAACUUUGAGCGGCUGCGUCGAAACUUGAAAACCACCCGCCCCAGCAAUGUGGUUGUCCACUUCGGCGCGGUCUGCGCACCUCCAGAAUCAAACCUAACGUUCCUAACUGGCAAGCAAGCGGGAAAGGCUGAGCAUGGGGCAUGUGACGGCGACGCAAAGCACUUGUUGCCAGCUGCACAGCGCAAGUCUCAUCACAUUUGUAACAUUCAUGUUGAUACUGCUACCGUGCCUUGCAAGCCAAUGUCUUGGUAUCUCCAGUCUCUUUCGUCCAGCCAUGUGGACUUCUUCUCCUUGGAUGUCGAAGGCUCCGAGUUGGAGGUGUUACUCACCAUGAACUUUAAAGAAGUCACUGUGGAAGUGUUUAUGAUUGAGAUGCUGGAGAGAUCCGAGUCUGACAAGCAGAGGAACUGGAAGGUGCUAAACCUGAUGGCAAAUCUUGGGUACUGCGAAUGCCGCCGUGCGAAGAUAAAGCACAGCGCUCUUUUUGUCCGGGAGCACGGGCCAUUUUCAAGCAAAUGUGCGUGA